GCCCACCACCCCGGAAGAAGCGCGUGAUCGGAAUUCGCGGAAAAGCCUCUUCAAAACCAUUCGCAAACAAUACUUCCGAAAACCCUAAAAAACAAAAGAAGAGAGGUGGGCGAGUGUUUUCGAAGAAAUCCCGAAUUCAUAACCGUUUUAGUCUCUCUCCGAUUCCGGGACGCCUGUGGGAGCGAGAAUUCUUCCUCUUCCCCCAAUUGCCCGGCUUUAAUUCGAUUUUUUUCUUAUUUUUCUAGUUUUAAUUGCUUCGUCUGAGAUUUUGGUUUCGGGGGCGUCUCGCCGGUUAUUGUGGGAUUUCGGGUUCUUACGGCACCAAGCAGUCAUCUUUUCCUUCAUAUUUGGAUCGGAAUAGUUUUUUUUCGUUUUCGCCGGUUGGAUGUCGAUUUUUUUCAGUUUAUCUGAAACAGUAUUGAUUCGAUUCUGGUUGUGAAAUCCUGAUUUCUUUCUGUUUUGAACCGGAAAGAUCGUUUCUUUGGACACAAAUCGUUGAUUUUUUAUGAAAGGUUAGCAGGUGAUUUUUUUUCCCUUUCAAACCGCCGUUUUUGAUUCAUACAUCGUUGCUCUUCCUUUUGGAUUUCUUCGCGCUUUGGUUCUUUGGUAAUUUUUGCAAAAUUUUAUUGAUUUAUUCUUUAUGGAUUUUUGCAAAAUUUUAUUGAUUUUUUUAUGGAUUCUGCCUGACUUUUAGUUGGAGGAUUUCUGUUUCUUGGGAUUUGGGCUGUUGUUAGUGUCAGAGCGUUUCGAUUUCACUGGAAUGUGUGCAAAGUGAUGUUAAAUAGAGAAGCUUUGCGAUUGUUCUCGUCUCAAUUAGACUCUUUGGAGUAGUCGUGCUUCGAUGACCUUAACUAGGCAUCCCUUCUCUGCAAGUUUCUGUGGGUUCAGCCAGUUAAGUGACUCUUAUGAGCGAAGUGGACUCCAUAGCAAGGGUUGGGUUGAUAUGGGAAUUAGCUCCAGAAUUAUUUCAAAUCAUGCCUUGCGUUUGAGAAGUUGCAUGGAUCGCCAUAAUGGUGUUUUUAGAAGGGUACAUGAUGAAACUAGAAAAGCUCAUGCUGUAGCGCCUUAUUGGCAAUUUGUUCGGGAUUCUGAAAUAGUUUUUGGAGAGGAGGUGGGUGCAAAAUUGGUGAAUGGAGAUGGAGCAUGCAGACAUGGAAACCCCCUUGGGUUUUCCGACCACUUAAUGCCACAGAAAUUGGUGGUUGCUGUUGAUGUUGAUGAAGUCCUUGGAAGCUUUCUCUCAGCUUUAAACCAAUUUAUUGCGGAUCGCUACUCUUCUAAUCACUCAAUGUCAGAGUACUAUGUAUACGAGUUUUUCAAGAUAUGGAAUUGUUCUCGAACAGAAGGUAUCACUUGUUUUUUGUUUAUUGUGGCAGCUGAUAUCCGUGUUCACGAGUUCUUUAAAACUGCUUAUUUCAAAGAGGGCAUUCAUCCUAUCCCAGGUGCUCGGCAUGCUCUUCACAGACUAUCUGCAUUUUGCAAUUUAUCAGUGGUGACAUCUCGGCAGAAUGCAAUCAAAGAUCACACAUUGAAGUGGAUUGAAGAGCAUUAUCCUGGCUUAUUUCAGGAGAUUCACUUUGGAAAUCAUUUUGCAUUGGAUGGACAAUCACGGCCAAAAUCUGAGAUCUGCAAGUCUUUGGGAGCCCAAGUCCUGAUUGAUGACAACCCAAGAUAUGCUCUUGAAUGUGCAGACGUAGGUAUUAGAGUCUUACUCUUUGACUAUGACAACUCGUAUCCGUGGUGCAAGUCUGGCUCGGCAACUUCACACCCCCUGGUGACCAAGGUUCAUAACUGGCAAGAAGUAGAUCACCAACUGGUCUCCUUGGCAGUUCCUUAGAGCUCGGCUUGCCGUGCAUGUGGUACUACUUCAAACAUCUUUGGAGGAGCUAUCCUGCAAUAGUGGCCUCUGAUCUCUGAUGAGUUUAAAUGGAGGCUGAGUUCCUUGCUAGGUACCUUUUCUUGGGGGUUUUUACAGUUGUUGCAGGUCUGUUUCUUUCCAAAAAUAUAUAAAGCAGGGUAAUGAAUUCGAUCAAUUAUAGAUUAGCUAUAGAAGGUUGCUGGUCUAAAAAUCAAAUUUAGUGUUCUCUUUGUCCCACAUCAAAUGCAUUUGGUAGACAGUGCUUCUGUAUAUAUCAUUACAGGAACACGGCUUCCUCAAUGACUAACUUCAUGAAAUUUACUAAACCUAUGACGAGCCAGUUGCACUUGGGAAUUUUGUAACAACAUUUAUCGAUUUAAAUAGAUAGCAAGCGAACCAGUUUGAGAUUCUUGUCU